GUGCCUAGCAGCCACAUGUGAUUUUUCAAGGAGUUAUAUAUACAGUCACAUAUCUCUACUCUAAUCCUGAAUUAUGUAUUUGGUGAUAUCAUAACCCAUUAUUCUCCAAAUUAAUAAUUUGCCUACAUCCCUGAAUCCCAGCCUCUACUCAAAUGCAUCUUUUUGGUGUUGAAAGUUGUCUGUUAACUUUCAGAAUAUUCAAAGGUGUAUCUGAGGUCAUAGUACAAGGAGUAGUAUGUUCGAGCCUACCCGAAUUGCAUUGUUUUGCUUUGCAAACCACCUAGGAGUUGGAAUUCGUUAGGGUUUUGCCGCAUCUCUGAAUUUUCAUGUUGCAUCUUAUGGUUCGUUCUGAAUUUUGAUUGAUGCAAACUUCCCUAAAUGUAGGAUCCUAAAAUGGUCAAAAUUUUUUGCAUUGUGUAAAAAAGAUUUAGCAGUAUGCAGUGAUAGAUCAAUUAGUACUGUCUGAAUGUUCAGUCCAUGGGAAAAUGCUCGUAUCACCCUUGUAAGGGCAUUGGAAUCAUGAUCGAUAAUCAUGAAUGGUUAAGAUGAUUCUUUAGUAGCAUCAUAUAAAUAUGUCACCCUUAAAACAUGAUGUCGGCCUACUGAGGUGGUCAUACAUUAUUUUUAUUCUCGUUGCAAUGUACGAGCAGUUACCUCUAAAACAUGUCGAAAAUAAUUGUUCACAGGCGAGGCGAUCCCUAGCUGGCUUGCAUGCCCGCCCGGCAUCGCCCACGCGCUCGCUCCCGUUCCCGUACCAGCCCCACACCACGCCCGAGCAGCCAUGGUUUGAUCCCUCAAAAAAAGAAAACAAACCCAGGCUCCGCAUCCACCACGCCCCUGUUUUCUUACUGCUUGUUUGGAUCAUGAUUUUUGACUUGGCGCUCGAUCCAAACCUGGUAUUUCAGGUGCACAAGCUCAACAGGCUCGGAGGCUGGAAGGGCUGUGCUUUCAAUUUGAUUCCUUCCGCAUUCAUUAUCACAUCUAGCGGCCAGCAAUGUUACAUGCCUUUGUCAAGCCUGCCUGUCCUCGCCACCGAACAGAUUCUAUUCAAUCAAGUCAUGAGCAUGAGUCCUUUUCAAUGUGGAAAAAGGCCAUUCAGAAGGAACACAGAAAACAAUGAUUAUCUUUUGUGGAAGAAGUUCUUGGAAAUGACCCAAACAUUAGUGGAGAUUUUAUUGUGAUAAAUUUCUUCACUUUGUCCUAUUUAAGUAUGUUUAUGGAACAUUACUGAGGUCAGCUCUGCAGGAUCCAGUAACCAAUCUUUCUUUCCGGCAUGUACUAGAGGAGUCACCUUUAUUAUUGUUACUAUCGUGCCUUUGAUAAUAAAUAUUGUGAUGGAUUGAUGGACCAGAUUAGUUCCCAUGAUUACAGCUUUGAUUUGAUUAUAUUGAAUUAGGAUAAGCUGGAGUAGUUUAGUGGUUCUGCCACAUGCUUGGUCCACUUGUACAGUCGAAGGCUUGACCACAUGGUAAUGGUCAAUGUUUAGUGAUAAUACUAGCUUUACAGAACUGAUAUUGAAUUGUGUACCAUCAUAGAUCAUAUAAGUCACUGAAUAGUUUGCUUGGUUGUGGCAUUCAUCAGACAAAGAUACUUAACAUGUAAAAGCUUUUUAAUUGCAUUGCUUUAUUCUAAUUUUUAGAACCCGUAGCAACGCACGGGCAUUAAC